UGCUAGAUUUUAUAAUUAUUUUAAUUAUCUAAUUUGCUUCGAUUUUAAUGGAUAAACAAUAAUGAAAAUUGAAAUGACAAACAUAGAUUUACAUGUGACUAUUUAAAAGACCCGUAUAAUCUGCUCUGUUUUAUUAAUUAUAAAAAUUCAUAUUUCUAAUACAGGAUAUUUUACCUUCCGAAUGUUUGUUCAAUAUAUAUAUCGUUUUUGAGAGAUUUAGGAAAAGAAAUGUAUUCUUUUGAGGGUGAUUUUAGACGAAAACCACAACAAAAUUUUGGUGGUGCAAGUGCUCAUCGUAAGACUGAUAGGGAUGCUCUUAUAUUGCAGUCCCAACAACAAAGACAAAAAAGAGAAGAACACAGAAAAAGGUUGCAUAGUACUGUAAAAAUACAGGCAUAUGUUCGGAGCUAUCUUAUUAGAAAACAUUGUAAACAAAUACAAAGAGACCAAUUUGAUUCAAUUUUUACAAAGAUAACUAGCGAUAACCAGAGUUUAGGACCUCUUCUUGCAAAACUUUUGUUUUUUUAUGACGGUGUAAAGGAUUCAUCAAGAUUGGUGGCCAUUUCUCAACUACUACUUAAGCAAUGGAAAAAUAUUGUACAAAAUAAUGGCUAUUUAAUACAAAUAAGAAGAUUGCUUCCUCUACAUUUACAACUGUUAAGAGAUGAUACAGAGAUACCACUUGCAGUACCACUUAGAAUGUUUGAAGUGUUCACAUCGAUGCAGAGUGUGGAAUCAUUUACGAAUCACAAUGAAGCUCUUAAGAAAUUGGGUUCAACAUUUUUGUAUCUUAUUAAAAGAGGUUUCUUUAAGAGUUUAAAACAUUUGCUGUGCCAAAAAGCCCCACCUCUGCUUGGGGCAUCUCCUAAUCCACCGACUCCAAUGUGUGGAGCUAUUCUGGACCUCGUACAGAGACCUUUAGAGUUAGCCACCUGUGUCAAUGAUCUAAAGGACUAUGAAGACACAAUGAUGACAGAAUUUGCUGAAGCAUUCCUAUGUAAUCCAUAUCCUGAACCCGUCGAGAUGUAUGUGUUGCCAGCUUUGGCACAGGACACCGUUAGACGGUUUCCUUUCGUGUCGCUAAUCCGAUGUUUAGUCGACGACAAUAAGUUUAAAAGUGGGAAAAUUGUCAAUGACUCUUGGUUACUACAUUCUGUUUUAACAUUGGAACCGCCAGGAUUUGCUGAUGAUAUGGUCAAAACAUAUAAGACAAGACUGCCAAAUAAUCCAAUAGUUAUAGAAUAUAUUAAAGUGAUAGCUAAAUUAACUGUCAACGUAUGUAAUAAGCAAAUAACAUAUGACUACGAGGAUUCGCUUUAUAGCCAAGAAACGGCUGCUGACAACGAUGAUGACAGUGAUAGUGAUGAUGAACCGAAUCCUACGUCAGUGAGGGAGCAGACCCUUCUCACCAAGUGUAUAGAACUCCUGAAUGACCCCGACAGAUGUGUGAUGAUGGCAUGCUCUCAGAUACUUGAAUCUGACUUGACCACGGAUUUCCUUGAUUCGGUUACGAAAAUAUGCCACAAUCUGCUACUGAGCCACAGGAUGGCGUUACAUAAGUACAGGUUGCUAUACACUCUGGCGUUUAAGCCGAACUUCGUGCGCGGCGUGUGGGAGUGGCUAUGCGGCAUGACGCACGAGUCGUCGUUCGGCGGCGCGGCCACGCCCCUUUUGGCGGCGCUUUCACGUGGUAUCGGCGCGGACACCGCCGCUGUUGGCGUCACACGCCUGCUCGCGCCGCUAGCGGUGUUCUGCGCGCUCUUCUCGCUGCUUAUCGGGACGUUGCACGAUACGGAAUUCUUCAGGGCAGACGGUGUGGAGGAUAUGAGUGUGGACGACACCCCUUCCUCGACCGCCGGUGGACGAGUCCACGCGUUCGACUUCUCCGAGCUGGGCGGCAUCUGCAGCGUGCUGAAGCAGGUCUGCCUCGGCCUGGUGGAGCUGGCGUACCCGGAGUCCAGGCCGACCAUUGUGGGACAAUACAAGGACGCGGUCGGCGCAGCGCACGGACAUGAGAAGAAUCAUACGCCCACUUGGGCUCAUCUAUUCAAGGUUUGCACGCAACUGCUGCGUGCACUAUACGGGCGGGACGCGCGGCUUCACUUCUGUACGUCGGAGUGGGCGGCGGGCGCGUCGCUGGCCGCGGACCUGCCCGGCGCUCGCCCGCGCCCCCCGCGCGCCGCGCCGCUUCGCCCGCUCGCCCGCGCCAUAAACCGGCAUGAAGGACCUCCGCUGACUAUAAAGGAGCUCAGAACGGUGACAAUAUUGAGGGAAAUACCGUUCGUCGUUCCAUUUGCCACACGAGUGCUCAUAUUCCAAGAUCUACUACUCAAAGAGAAACACGACCACCUAUACGAGAUGGCGAACUUUAACGAGGGCCCGCUCAUCACCAUCAGCGUCCGCCGUACGCAUCUAUACGAGGACGCCUUCGACAAACUCAGCCCUGAAAACGAGCCGGACUUGAAGUUGAAGUUACGUGUUCAGCUGAUCAACCAGGCGGGCGCGGAGGAGCCCGGCGUCGACGGUGGCGGACUCUCGCGAGAGUUCCUCUCUGAGCUUGUCAAAUCGGCGUUCGAUCCGAACCGCGGUUUGUUCCGUCUGACAAACGACAACAUGCUGUACCCCAACCCCGGCGUCCAACUGCUGUAUAACGACUUCCCCAGACACUACUACUUCGUCGGCAGGAUCGUUGGCAAGGUACUAUACGAAAACCUUCUCGUAGACCUGCCUCUAGCGGAGUUCUUCCUGUCGAAGUUAUGUUCUGGUCGCGAGGCGGACGUACACGCACUGGCGUCGCUUGACCCCGCCCUAUACCGCGGGCUGCUGCAGCUGCGCGCUCAUCGCGGCGAGGUCAACGACCUCAACCUGGACUUUACCAUCGUGGUUGAUGAGCUGGGCGAGCAGCGGAUAGAAGAAUUGAAACCAGGCGGGUCAAACAUUCCCGUGACGGCUGAGAAUAGAAUAGAAUAUUUCCAUUUAGUAGCAGAUUAUAAAUUAAAUAGACAAAUUCGGGCACAGUGCAACGCUUUCAAGAGCGGUCUAACGUCAGUGGUGAACGCGGAGUGGCUGCGCAUGUUCUCCACGCGGGAGCUACAGCUGCUGAUAUCGGGCGCCGAAGUCCCCAUAGACUUGGACGAUUUACGGCGGAACACACAGUAUGGAGGUGGUUUCUCGGAGGAGCAUCCAACGGUGCAAUGUUUCUGGAAGGUGGUGGAGACGUUCGACGACGACCAGAGGCGGCAGCUCCUCAAGUUCGUCACCAGCUGCUCGCGACCGCCGCUACUUGGGUUUAAGGACCUGCAGCCGCCAUUUUGUAUCCAAUCAGCGGGCGGGGCGGAGCGGCUGCCGUCGGCGUCGACGUGCAUGAACCUGCUCAAGCUGCCCGAGUUUCGCUCCGAGCGCCAGCUCGCCGACAAGCUGCUGUACGCCAUCCAGGCCGGCGCCGGCUUCGAGCUCAGCUAACUCAGUCACAAUUCCAGUCGUGUAAAGGAAAAUCUCAAUCAGGAUUGCCGGGGAGAUCGAAGUAAAUAUUUUUAACGGAUUUAUUUAUAUAAUGUUAAUGAAUGAUAUCAUUAAGUCGGUAUUGUAGUGUUUGUGUAAAUAAAUGUUACCUUCAUAUUUAUUG